AUGCCCAGGACAUUGCCCUGGCUUCGCGCCGAGAAUAGUAUCCCUGCGAAAAAAGCGUCAACGCCGCGGAAGCGCGUGAAAACGGAACCCAGUCCUGAUCGCGACGUCACUCCCAAAAACCCUCGAGUUUCUCCCCCCAGGCGGGAUCUUUUCAGAUCCUCCCAAAGCCCGCCGACCUCCCCGAUCAAACGCUGUCCCUCCGAAGAAUUUUUGAUUGAAGGAAUUCAACACGAUGAUGGCUGGGCCAUGGUCGAAGACGAGUUCUACGCCGUUGCGCAAACAUUUACUCAACAUCUACAUCAUGCGGAGUAUCUGCGACGGAGAAAGGAAGUGAAAGCCGAAAAUGCAGCCAGAAUAGCAGAAAUUGAGAGGCCUACAGACGGCCGUACCCCACUUCCCAAUGAAGUUCAACGGAAAAGAGAGAUCGAAGCGCUCAGGGAGCGACAAAAAGCCGGACUCGUGUCAAUAGAAGAUAGAGGAGUCGAGGAGAAAGAUGAGGAUGAGGAUGAUGAGAGAUGGGCUGGAACCCAUCUUCACGAUCUCAUGACAAGCCCACGAAAAAUACGAUCCUUGGCAGGCGUUCACGCCCCCAAGUCCUCUACCAGAGCUGCUGCGGGCUUUGGACAGGCUCCUACUUUAGGUACUGGACGAGCCCGGGUGAACAGUAUCGGGAGUGUGACUGCGCUACCAAGAGCAUCAGAAGUUCAAAGCAUCGAACUGGAUGAAGAGACGGCCUCGGGCUCGGAUGAUGAUGACGAUCUUGAACUAGAAACCCAGUCAGCCGUGUUACCACCGCCCAACAGAACAAAUGCCGCUUUACAAGAAAUUUGGGCUCACGAUCAGACAACAUCGCGAACCCCGCAGCGAUAUAACACACAAAGCACAUCUACGUCAAAAGCAAAAGUAAAGCAGGCGCAUGGGAGACCCAAAGCGGAGGGAACAAUCUAG